AUGAUCUCCCGAGCUCUUCUUUCCUGGCUAGCGGCUUCAGCCACUGUAUUUGCUGCACCUACCAGUGAUGGCCCCAGCGCACUCGAUACGCGAGCCUGCACCACCCCAGCGAAUUCACUCAAGAACCCCAGCUUCGAGUCCAGUUCCUGGGUAUUCAAGCCUACGUAUGCAAAUCUUGGUACUGCAGGUGUCGUGACUGGUGGCUACAAAAGUAACCACGCUGUUCAAGUCACUGCAACUUCAGGCACGAAUGAUCCAACAAGCUACAACAAGCUAUCCCAGGCCUUCAAGAUCUGCAAAGCUUCACGCUUCCAGCUCACAUGGUCCAUUCUCCUUCCUAAAGAUGGAUCUAAAUACACAGCGCCCAAUAUCCCUGGAUUGUAUGUCGAGGCUCAAGCACCAGAUGGUCUAUGGCACCAAUUGGGAAAUUUCCAAUUUUCGUCAAAGACAUUCAGCAGCACCAUUUUUUCACCAAACAAAAAGGGAACUCACAGCGUCGACCAGUGGGCGAAUUUUGUUGCCGACUUUCCUACUUCACAGACCGGUACUUGGACAAUCUCGAUGGAGUGGUAUGCUCAGCCAGCGUCUGGUGGUAAGACAACAACGUUGAAGAUUAAGAUGGACAACUUUGCUGUUAAACCGAAGGCUUGA